AUGACAGGAAUUACUUGGCACUAUGUCCUGAAAUUUAUCAUUACAGGCGAUGCUGGGGUUGGCAAGUCAUCUUUACUCGUUCGCUUGACAGACCAGCGUUUUCUGGCAAACCCCGACCCAACUCUAGGAGUAGAAUUUGGCUCCAAGCUAAUUGAGAUACCCGAGGAAGGGAAGAUUGUCAAGCUUCAAUGUUGGGAUACUGCUGGAACCGAGUCCUUCAGGUCGAUUACACGGUCAUACUACCGUGGUGCCGCGGGCUGCUUAUUAGUCUAUGACGUGACAUCCCGCAAAAGUUUUACUAACACGCAGUCAUGGCUUGCAGACGUACGAGAGCAUGCUGACCCUCAUUUAACUUGCAUACUGGUCGGAAAUAAAAUUGAUCUAUGCGAUGAGGAAGGAGAAGACGCAUCCAGUCGACGAAGAGAAGUUUCGACAGAUGAAGCGAACGAAUGGGCGAGAAAGGAGGGGUUGCUAUUCUUGGAAGCAAGCGCAAAAUCAGGGAGCAACGUUGAUACGGCAUUUGAGACAGCAUCGCGCGAUAUUCUCCAUAAGAUCAAGCAUGGCGUUUUUGAUGAUGAUCGAUCUCCAGGAGUGAAGCUGUCAAAGCCAACAAAUGGAAGCGUUGCCCUGAAUCGAGCCUCAAAUAAACAGGGAUGCUGUUCGUGA